AUGUCUAAUCCCACCACUGUCGAAGAUAUCUUGCUUAGGGUAAAUCUCAAGUGCACGAAGCGCCAUGCGACAUUCUUUCCCUCAAAGCUCGAUCUUGCUGCUGAUUUCCGGCGCCAAGCCAUGGAGGAGGAGGACGACCUAAGCACUUGGGAGUUUCAUGCCCCGGUCGAACCUUUCAUCAAACGGAGACCGAGGAUCACAGCCAACGCCGUAAUCUCCCCUGCACAAAACCUCGUGCGCAACUACCGAGUUGCUUCUUCCAUGUCUGAAGCGCAGCAGAUUGCUCAUCGCUAUCGAACUGGCGUAAAAAUCGAUCUCGAUGUCCAAUCAACUUCAUCCGCAUCUACCUCUCGAAGUUCGUCCGCCGAGCCUCCAACCCUUGUAGGAUCCGAAAGAGAAUCCUGGAUCAGCUCUGGUGUCGAUGCAACCACGUUGGAGACGAAUCAUCAGUGGGGAAGUCCAGUUGAGGAGCCCAAGCUCAGGCACAGCGACUCUCGCGCAGAUGCUCUCGCACGUGCUCGUGUGGAAGCUCUUCAGGAGAUUAAGUUCGCCUCUGCGUCGGGCGCUCUCGUAUGCCCUCGCCAAGACUGCCGGGCAACUUUACUCAACGUUAAUGCUCUCAGCUUCCACCUUUCUCUCCAUGAUAUCGGAAAUACCAAGCCUUACCAUUGCGCAAGCUGCGAUCAGGGUUUUGAUAAACGUCAGGCUCUUAAUACACAUGCAUGCCCUUCACGAUCUCGUUCCGCUCCUUCCAGUCCCAUCUUUACUACCUUCCAACAUGUCCUGACUAGAAUCACUUCCCGUGAUUGA